ACAAUCACUAUCAAUCAUUACGCAGUUACACGUCGCUCUCUUUACGAAGCAAUCAAACAUAUUCAGUUCUCGCAAUAGAAUACAACUGAAAAGGAAAAACAAAGAGAAAUCAAGAUCCACAAUAUCUUCAUUGAUAUUACACUCUCCUUAAACGAGGCACAUUUAGCGGCUAUCAAUUAGCUUGGACAAUCAGGAUAAUCGCUUUCGACGAUCUUGAGGAGGAAAUCCAUAUUCUAAAAACGUGAUACCCAUUUUUCGAUCAACAGCAACAGCAACAAUAUUAUUCAAGAUGCAAUUCUCAUCCUUGAUCAUGUUGGUUGCCGGCGCCGCUUCCGCCGUCGCGCAAACCACCACCGCCACAUCCUACUUGACGGCGACUGUCACCAUCACCAAGUGCAACCCGACCAACACCGCCUGCCCUCUGUACACGCCUUCCACCAGCUCAACUUUGUCUACCCCGACGCCCGUUGUGUACCCCACCAGUUCCGUUGCGCUUAACACUACAUCCAGCGCUUCCUCCACCUUCUACCCGAUCUCCAAGAACUCGACUGUUUCUGCUGGACCUACUGCUUACCCCAACGUCUCUUCCACCUACGUGGUUCCGUCCACAUAUGUUACUCUCACCUCAGCUGUACCCACAACUCCCGCCCCGGCUGCCUCAUCAUCUUCAACGCCGGCCCCUACAGUGCCUGCCAGCGGUGCCGGUCUAGUGUCUGUUCAAUCAGGCCUUCUAUUGGGUAUCCUCGGUAUGGGAGCCGCUCUCCUAGCAUAAGUCAACGAACUGGGGAGUGAAGUUGGAGGUUGAAGGACGACGCACGCCAUCCUUUGUAAUGAGCUUCAGAUCUAAUCGGCACGAGACUUUCUGCCAAGGAGACAACGACGAUCUGGGCGGCUUAAGAUAUUUUCAUGUUCACUUCGAUUCUAAUACCAAACUUGAUUCUCAGGAGAUGGGCGCUUGGUGUUUUUUUUUGUAGGGCGAUAUCCCGGUUUAAGGAGUCUGGUUGGGCUUAUACCCACUUUGAUCCUGGGCGUGGCAGCUCUUUCUCUAUGUCUAAAUUAAGGCGAUGCGUUCCGUCGACGGUUUAUUUAGAGCAUGCGGAGGAGUUGGAAGGUCUAGCACGGCCAGUGACAUAUUUUCCACCACACCCUGUUUCUCCUAUUUUCCUUGUGUGCUUCAUCACGUGAACUUGAUGUGAUGCUGUGAGCUGCUUGUAAAAUGAAACGGUAUUGUAUCUGAGUAUUGUGUAGGGUAGUAUUGUAACUAGGAUUCGAGUCGGAAUUGAUGUCUUCGGUAAGUCUUCACGGCCGGCUUAGGUAAAAAAAACAAAAAAAAAAAAAAAAA